GUCCGGCCAGUCCCACACCUGCAGCAGCCGCAGUUUUCCGACAGCCCCACGAAACGGCAUAGCGCCCCGUCAGCGACCAGCCCCAUGGGGCUCCGGGACCGGCCGAGGGUAGGUCGAGUGUGCUGUGAGUGACGUCAUGGCCAUGGCCGGGUCGUGUCCAUCGGGUGCUGCUGGGGGCACGUGUGCCGACAGCUUCCUCCAUGGCCAUUGAUAAAGGUGCUGCUGCAAGAGGUCAUUAUGGUCACGUUGGUGAAGUCAGUGAAAAAGAUAUUAACCAACGGUUCCGACCUCUUGGUACCUCCUGCUCACAGGGUUCAUUCACAGAAGUUCGUUGAGAUGUCGUGCAGCGUCACUGAGAGGGUAGCGGACAGCAGAGCGCAGGGCGGAUCGGGCCCCCCCUCGGCCGCCUCCGGAUGCCGAUUGAGGGGCUCGAGCGGCGGCAGCGUCGGCGCAGGCGCGUCCCCGAACGCGAUCAGGGGCGGACUGCCGCCCGUCGCCCAUGGCGGGCCGCUGCGCUCGAAGCCGUGCUGCCUGCUGUGGUGCUGCUGCUGCAAGUGUCCCUGUUCCCAUCCUAGUGGGAAAACAAACGAUGAGAACGGACCUACUAGAAAUUCAAAUAACUCGGACUUGAUGGCUAAUUGUGAGGCGGACCCACCUUCGUCUCUCGAGGAAAUACAAAGCUGGGGCAGAUCUUUCGACAAACUCAUGCAAAGUGCAGCUGGACGGGAAGUUUUUAGAGAUUUUCUGAGGGGAGAAUACUCGGAAGAAAACAUAUUAUUUUGGUUAGCUUGCGAAGAACUGAAACGGGAAACAAAUCCUGAAGUAGUCGAGGAGAAGGCAAGAAUAAUAUACGAAGACUAUAUCUCUAUACUCUCUCCCAAAGAGGUGUCAUUGGAUGCUACUGUGCGCGAUAUCGUGAAUCGCAACAUGGUGGAACCGACGCCUCACACUUUCGACGAGGCCCAACUGCAAAUUUACACGCUGAUGCAUCGGGACAGCUACCCGCGUUUCGUUAACUCACCGUUAUACCGUACGUUGUCCCAAUCCCAGACUGGCACCUCCGGUAACCAAUCUGCUGUGACAACGGCCAUGGUUACGACGGUCUCUACCGGGGACCAGGACGGCUAAAGCCGUCACCAGUUUGAACCAAGGCGGCCUAACGACAGACUCGACAGUCGACAAUAACCUCGGCGGGCGACGGUCGACUAUAUACAGGGCGUCUGAAGCAGACAGCCGCGACCGGCGCUACACGCCGAUUCUUCGGAUCAUUCCUCGCACGUACACGGGUGACAUGUGACCUCGCUACCAGGCCACAGCCAACCCCAACUCUUCGACGAAAUUGAAAAAAAAAAAAUUAAAAAUAACGCAGGACGCUGUGUGAUGUGUUCGCAUUAAUCAGUUUCUCCGGCACAUGUUCACUCUGUACAAGAAUCAUAAUUAUGUAAACUCUGAACUGGACCUAAAAUAGUCGCUCGUCACUUCUCAAAAAUUAGUGUUGUGUAAUAAUAAUGAAAAAUUGCGGUUCAUCUCACUGACAGAUGGGUAAAAAAGUUGGAUAUGGCAGCUUUUGAGCUGUUUCAAUGAGUCUCGAACUAACUAAAUUUUGCAACGCUCGUGUGCCGUUUGCACGAUUUUUUUUCCUAUUGGCUGUGAUAAACAUUUAAUGGGUAGCACUAAAUCUAGCUUAGCUUAUUCGUAGAAUCGUAGAACUACACAAAAUGAGCUUUCCAUUCGCAAUGAAUUUUUCGAAUACUAUUUAAUAGUACGCCAAUCAGCAUCGAAUUGUGCAAAUGGUUCGUUGAAUGUUCCUGAAAUAGAUAAUCUGUAUCCAGACUUUGAUAAUAACUAUGUACAUCACAAUAUAAUUCAAGUAAUAUAUAAAAAAAUGAGAUGGGAUUCCUCGAGUAAUUCAACAAAGGUGUUCCCAAAACGCUCAGUUUUUGAGAUAUAGGUGGGUUGAAAGAAGUAGGUAUUAUUCUUCUUCUGAACAUCCUGUUUAGUCUUGUAUUGAAGAAAAUUUGUUCAACAUUUCAUGAUUUAGAACUGUAGCAAUUUCAAAAUGCAUAGUGGUCAUUCAUAAAAUUUUUUUUGCUAGUGUUUUGUUGAAUUGAAAUUUAGGUUAUUUGAUGAACAUGAGCAACUUCAUAUUUUGCUCAACUUCAUACCCAGAAAUUUAUUAUUAAUAAUCAUUCUCAGAAUGAAAAAUAAGGGAAAUGGCGUUUCUUCAUCAGCAACGAAUGAAAAUCAAUUUUAGAUCUCAACACAAUAAAGUUUUGUAGAAAUAAUCAUUUGUGAGGUGUUUGAAAUGUUCGUGAAUAUCACUGAUCCAACUGAUCUCACUGUAUAUAAUAAUUCUUUGAUGUUGCCUCUAGGUAAUGUGAUGGAAACUCAAAACGAUUCGGGAACAUAAUUUCAAAUAAAACCUCAUGUUCUCAAUGGCAUACACUACUUCUAUAAGAAGUUUUCGCUAUUCAUUACUUUUUGUCAGAAGUUCCUUCUGGGCUUAAUGAAAUUAAAAUGAAAAAUAAUUGGACAAUCUCUAGAUACGAUGAAAUCGGAAUGGAACUUAACUAAGUAAUUCGAUGAAAGAAAUGAAAUUCAAACCGAUUAUGAUUCAGGGGGUAGAAAAUCUUCAAAGCUAUCAGAAAUAAUAAUUGCAACGAAUUAAGAAAAUAUAUACAUAUAGCAGCUCACUUGAUGAAAAUGUGAGCUAUGUUUUUUUUGUUUUCAUCAAAAUGUUCUUAGUAUCAUCAGUGUAUUUCAGAUUUUAGCUCAACACUUGAUCUUUGAGGGGAUUUAAAUCUUUUAUUGAUUUGAAAAGUAGAAUUGACCCAAAAUGUAACACCAUUACAUGAGGAGUCCGCCUCUGGUAAUUUUUUAAGCAAACCUUUCAUUUCAACAAAUGUGUUGUCUCAUGCGCACACAACAUGAUAUGCUCAAAACGAAUCUAUUGAUAUUUUUAUAAAAAUGAAACAAUUGUUUAGGACGGGUAUGCUUUUUUGUAAAAAAAAUUCAGUUAGUUGUGAGAAACAAAUCCAGGGUCCAACUCUUUUUUACCCGACUAGAGGGAUGGGAUGACAAAAGAAAAAAAUUGCAGUAUUUGUGUUAGUUUGUAAGUGUACGGCGAUAGGAUCUCUCGACUCCUAUAAUGAGGUAUUUUUAAAUGAAUUAACUUCUGUGAUUACUGAUUACAGCUUGCAUGUUGAUCAUCAUUGGAAAUAUUAAAUCUUUCUCACCCCUACUGAAGACAUUCCAGAACGAUUUAUUUAGUUUCCAAAGUAGGACAAUCAUUUUCUUCCCAUUCUUCAUGGUGAUCAACUUGUAAGUAAACGGCAUUUAGAUGAUGAAACAAAUGUUUUUUUUUUUAGUUAACGAAUGAAUGUAUGAAUAACCUCCAAUAUUAUUAUGCUGCAAUAAUAUUACUUUUGACUGUGAAAUAAUAUGUAGUGAUGCAACGUUGUCAGAAUGGAUAGAUGAUCUUCAAAGAAACUGAAUAGGUUGGUAUGGAUUCAAAUAUACAUUCGAAAAACUUUGAUAGUAAUCUUUUUGUAUAAUUACUUUAGGAACCCUGGAAUUUACUUUGUGAAUCUUUACAGUAUUAACUGUCCUGUAUCAUUCGAUUUCUAUGUUCGAAACAUCUCAGCAUUUAUUGAACAUUUUGAUUCUGCAUAAGAUAACUUACCUGCUACGCAGUUAUUGCAUAAGUAUCCCAGAUUGCUUUUGCAUUUUAUCCUGUACAGGGUUGUUCAAAUUUGAAUUUGAUAUUUCACAUCGACUCCGAAAGCCACAAGAGAUAGGAAUGAGGUUUUUACAAUAAGAUCUUACCGGCGAGAGCGAGACAGCGCCUCAUCAGUUGCACUCGGUUCGCUGGAAAGGAGAGAUGUUGCUUGAAGCAUUGAAUGAAAUGGGUGAUAGAAACUAAGAAUAUAAGAAGAAAUAAAACUAAAUUUUUGUAAAAUAUUGGAAUUAGAAGUUUGCCUGGAAAUGUCGUGGAUAGGCCUGGAAAAAAAUAUCGGUAAAUCGAAAAACGAUAUAUGAUUUCAAAAAUAUCAAUAUAUCGAUAAAUAUCGAUUAUUCGAUAUAUUUAGACGGAUUUAGAUAUCUAUUGAUGAAUAAUAAUUUUAUAGUUAUAGAUAACUAUCGAAUUUUUUCUCAUCGAAUUUGCUCACUAGAGGACACUUUCUCACACUUUAGGAUUUUUUCAUCUUCUGGUUUUCCUGGAAUCAACUCUCGAUUCUCAAAUGGAACACACUGUAUUUGAUUCUUUAAUCAGUUAGGGAUUAUCAUAACGAAUUCAACGAUACAGGGUUUGAUAGAGUUAUUUCGAAGUAUUACGAGGAUAUUUGUGUUUGAAGUUUCCAUUUGCUCAAUGGAUUUGACGGCGCAGUAUCGAAACUUCGUUCUCUGUCGAACUCAUUGAGCAUAUAUGGAAAUUUUGAACGCGAAUAUCUUUGUAAUCUGAAAUAACCCAAUCAAACCCGGUCACGUUGAAUUUCGUUUAAAUAAUCUUCAACCGAUUAUGGAAUAAAACAUAGGGUGUUCCAUUCGAAAAUCGAAAGUUGUUGUAAUUUCCAGGAAAAUGAGAUGAAAAAAAAAUCCUGAAAUGUGAGAAAGUGCCUUCUAGUGAGCAUAUCCGAUGUUUCAAAUUCCAGGAAUAUAGGUAUAAAAACUUAUGGUAGUCUAUGUCACACGGUAUUGGAAAACAUAAAUUAAUUAUCCACCCAGGCAAUAGUCCUAAUAUUUUCAUUUUUUUCAUAUAUCAUGUUUCUAUCUCAUUAGGUAUUUCCACGAUAAUUUUUUUAUUUCAUCAAGCGCCGCCUUUCGUUAAAGCGUGAAAAUAUAUUGCGUAUAGAUAGAUAGUUUUUAUGUUGAUUCAGAUUGGUUCAAGAUUCUAUAUCAUUUGGUCGAGAGAAUGAAUUAGAUUACUUUGCCUGGAAGAAAAAAUCGAUAUAUCGAUAAAUAUAUCGAUAUUUCGGACGAUGUUUUGACUUAUUAUCGGUAAUCGAUAUGUGAAAUCCAAUAUCGCGCGGCCCUAGGAUCAUCCAUCAGAGAUUAACAACCGGACCCAAACGUUUGUUUUGGCGAGGUCUGAAGCACCAGAAAUAUCAGUAACCUCUGCAAAGUUGCCGGACGUUCAAUGAUAGCUAUGAGAUGUGGUAUGAUGAGAUCAUGUACAUUUUUUGAAACGUUCAAAAACACCAUAUUUUAUUCAUCGCUCCAAUUUCCAAAAUAUCUAAUGCCGGACAGGACAAAAACAAAAU